CAACAAUCAUGCAGGUCAAGAGCUUGAGUUACAUCGACAUACAGCACGACGCGCUGGGCGUCUUCGAGGAUGUCGAGCAGGGCACUGUUCCGCAGGAGGAUGUGUGGGUCUCUGCUUAUCAGGCCGGCGAGUCGAGCGUGCAUGGCAAGAUGCGGGUGUCGCUCGACGGCGGAGUGGAAAUCACGUGCCGUGACGGCGUCAAGGUCGAGCGCGAAUCGAAGGCCAACUUCCUCGUAACAGUCCCCGCGCUCAAGAUGACCUCCCGCCCCGUCCACUUCCCCCGCCAAACCGUCGUGCCGCCAUACACCAAGGCGUCCGCCGUCUCCCCCGAACUCAACAUCAACGCUCUCGACUAUUCCGCUAAGGCCGGCAAACUUGUCGCUGGCGGGCCAGACGGCUACGCGAUUGUAUUGGACCCCGCGCGGCCCUCUGAGGCGCUUCAGCUCGCAGGUCACGUCGGCGACGUGUUGGACGUCAAGUGGUUCCCGUCCGGCGAGGUCGUGCUCACCGCCUCGAGCGACAUGUCGCUCCGCAUCUACUCCGCUGUGACAGGGGUUAAUCCGCGCGUGCUCCGCGGCCACUCGCGCGCAAUCACCGCGACACACAUACUUGGCGUGGGGAAGCAGGUGUUGAGUGCCGCAAAGGACGGGAGCGUGCGGCUGUGGAAUGUGGGUGCAGGGAAGGAGGAAAGGGCGUGGCGCCUCAAGCAAGCUGUGGAGGCGCUCAUCGUCAUUCACGGAGAGCAGGCAGCGCUGGGGGCGGAGACAGUCAUCGUUGCGGCUACCACGGACGGGUCUCUGACAGGGUACGCACUCGAAGCCGAGUCACACGAGCCGCUCUUCGUUUCUCCCCCGACGGACACGAAGCUCGUCAGCGCCGCGUAUUCGUCGACGCUCGGCCUCAUCGCGACAGGCCACGCGGACGGGACCAUCGUCUUCCGCCGCACCACCAACCUCUCUAAAGUAGUUGCGGCCGUGCGCCGAAACGAGGCGAGCGUGUACUCGCUUGCAUUUGACGGCCCCUCUCUCCUUGUCGGCACGGCCAGCGGCCUCCCCGCGCGCCUCUCCAUUGCGUCCACCCCAGAAACACUCGAUGUGGAAGUGGCUGAGGAGUUUGCGGGAUGGGAGGCCGUCGGGGUCGAAACAUGGGCCGUCGGCGACGGAGCGUGGUGCGCAGGGGCGGAUGGGGUGCUCCGCCGUUAUUAGCACGCUAGAUGAUACAUGAUACACGGAAACUA